GGCGCCCUGGCUGGCCUGCGGAAGGGUUUGAGGUGAGAGCGGGUCCGUCCCUUUUAUGGUUCCGACUCUGGCAGAACCCAGAAUGGAGGUAGAUCCCAGCUCAGCAGCUGAAACCAAGACCAGCGACAGUACAGAGAAGACCAGGACCUUUGGCACAUCUCAAUCAAAACCUAGAAAUGCGAAUCCGUACCCCCCCGUCUGCCGCUUUUAUUCCCGUGGGAGGUACUGCCAGUUUGGACGGAGAUGCCGGUUUCUGCAUGAGUACCUGGAACCGCAGGUGAGCCCCAGUGUACCUGCAAACCACGAUGAUGGCAACGCUGAUGACACCUCCCAGUGCCAGGGCAGCAUGGAGAGUCCCACUAAGCCUGCAGAGGAUCUGGGCCGGCUCCGAACUGGGCCACCCAAGAUGCUGGGACCCCGAGAGCGGCCUAAGAGGCCGUGCCGCUACUACCUGUCUGGUUACUGCGCGAUGGAAGAACGCUGCCGUUUCUGGCACCCGGAGAAGCAGCCCCCUCUGCGGGACUGCGUGGGGCCCGAAGCUGCCCGGAUCAGCCCUCGGCCAGUGGGCCCACUAAUCCGUCCGCCAGUCCCCCGCCCUGCUGUGGUCAAGGAUGAGGUCAAGCUGACAGAGCUGACCCAGGAAGUUGCCCGGCAAUUACGGGAGACCGAGAUCAGCCAGCUGAUGAAGCGCUUCCCCAAGGAGCGGCUGAUUAUUCAGGAGAGUGAAAGUGGGAAGCAGACAUAUUACCGCAUCGUGGUGGAGCCCACAGAUCCAGAAUGGCCCUUUGAUUUGAAGGAGAUGGAUAUUCAGAUCUGCUUCCCAGAUGAAUACCCUUUGGAGGUGUUCACUGUGGAAAUCCCUGAGGAUCAGGAUCUACCAGUGUCUAUGGGAAGGCAUGUGUGUACGGCCUCAGAGGAGUGGCUACGGGCAAAGCAUGCCACCAACCGGUUGAUGGGGAAGUUGGAGCUGCUGUUUCGUCCAUACUUGCGGUGGCUGGACCGCAACAUGGAGAAGCUGUUCACCGAGGGAGCUAGACAGAUAAAGCGGGAAUUAGACGCAGAGAGAGCUGGGAUACACAUUGUUCCCUACCAGCAGCUACGAGCACGUUUACCUGGUGCAGUAGCUUCGCAAACAACCGAGACACCUGCAGGUCCUCGGAAGGAGGAUGCCAGUGAGGAGUUGUCCCAGAAGCUGCAGGAGGUCAAGGUGGCAGAAUCGGAAAGCCCUGAAAUGAGUGGCACAGGGAGUGAGAUCAGCACCAGUGAGGAGGAAGAUGAUUGUUCGAGGACUGGCUCGCCAUCUGGUGACCCUUCGAUCCCAUGUAAGGGCACCGCCAUGCGGCUUGUUGGCCUAGAGCUGGGGGAAGAGACGGCAACACUGUCAGCCCAGCAGAUCACUGUGUCGCUGAAGUGCAGCAGGUGCAAAGUUGGUUCACAAUUUACUGUGUCACAGAAGUGCCCUUCAUAUGUAAGCUGUGAGAAAUGUAACACAGACAUCAGCGUAGCGUUCCAGCCCAGUGUAGUUCAUGAGCACUCAGACAUAAUGGGAUACCUGGACCUGUGUGGAUGUGUCCCUGUAGAAUUAGUGAUACAGGACAGUCGGUUUGCUGUGGGCUGUCUAAAAUGCUCCAAGGAGGGACCGCUGCAGGGCCUCUCUUAUGGCCGAUACAAGGAGUUAAACUGCUUGCAAUGUCAUGUAAAACUCAGUGUUAUGGUGGAAGCUACACAGUUUUACCAGAUCCAUGACCAAUCACAGGAUGAAACUGAUGCUAAUAAUGCAGUUCAUCGACGUCGGAAGAGACAGCCAGCCGGACCUGUUAUUCAGUAUGGGAAGCCCCUGCCUGAGUUUGGUACCUGUAUGCACUACAAGAAGAGUUUCCGCUGGCUAAGAUUUCCAUGCUGUGGUAGAGCGUAUCCAUGCGAUGUGUGCCAUGACGAUGACCAAGACCAUGUGAUGGAGAUGGCCAGUCGAAUGAUCUGUGGGUACUGUGCAAAGGAGCAGCCGUACAGCAACGGGAAGCCCUGCAUUUCCUGCAGAGCCAUGAUGACAAAAGGCUUCCACACCAGUCACUGGGAGGGAGGUCAAGGCUGUCGCAACCGAAUCAAGAUGAGUCACAAAGACAAACAGAAAUAUUCAAACUCCAUGAAAACAGUGUCACGCCGAUCCCAGCGUCAGCAUCAGAAAUGAGCACCGAGGCCCCUGACUAGAGAUCUCGAACUUGGAUUGUGGCCUUAGUAAUGACUCCAUGAGUAGGUGUGGUGUGCACGCGUGGUUCUUUUUUUAACCCCAGUUGUUUCUCUCUCCAUUGAGAUGGUGAAAAGAUAAAUGUUACUUUCAGAUUUUAAAGAAACAAGCUGAUCUUGUGGAGGUUGGGGAGAGGGGAUGGUGGAGCAGCCCCAGGAAAGAGGAACGGGACAGCUUUUAGUUUGAUCUCUAGGAUUUACACUAGCAGCCACCUUCUCUCACCAACCCCUCCCCCCACCCCAUAGAUACCUGUGGAUGAGAAACACCGUCGGCAGGAAGCCAUUGUUUACUGUAGUCCAGCUCCCCUUUGAGUCCUGGGUUCAGCCGAGUUUGUGCCACCACAUUAAGAAGGAAGAAGUUCCAGAUGUGAUGAUGAUUCUCCUGCUAGCGUAGCUGCAUUUAUGUUGACAAUGGUGAAACCAUGUGUGCACUCAGGUGUGUGGUUCAGAUGUGACUCUCAAACUGCCAGAUAUAAUCUGGCACAGAGGCCCCCUCCUUUCACUGGCCUAGGGGACAGUGCAGAUCACUCUGUCUGCGAUUUUAAACUGGGUGUAGACAUUUGAGUAAGGCACUGUAGGACAGCCCAGCAUUGACCCCCUGCACAGACUCUGGAUGGUGUCUCAACUCUAGGUCCAGGCUGCUCCUCAUGACUGGAGCUUGCAGGCAGAAGUUGUGUUAAAAUUUUGGUUUUGGAAUGUUAGCAGGUUAUCACUGUGGUGAUCCUCAUUUAAUUUGGCUGUUCUAUAAAAUGCAGUCACAUCUCAUUCCAUGCAACAUGUUGCCAAACCACCAAUAAGCAAGGAAGCCAUCCUGGGCCUGGAAAUGAUGAUAGCAGGGAAGGUUAUAACCCUCCCUUGGCUAAGCCUGGGCAUCUGACCAGGAUUAAGAGCAGUGGACAGUGCCAGUGUGGAAAUGCACAAGUAAUACUGUGUCUGAUUUUAUCCAUCCCAGUCUCGAAGGGAGCAAGACGCUGUUUCCCAAGUGAGCUUGUUAUUCCUUGCUUGUAUUAUGCUUGGGACUCUUGUACAGACCUGGUGCAGUUAUUCCCAAAUAAUGUCCUGGCAGCAUGUUGGAGGCUGCAGGAGGCCAUUCAGCCCCUGAAUUGGCUCACCUGUUCAUUGCAGCAAAGCCUGAUCCUAUCCCUGAAAACCCUCAGCUGAAAAAAAGUCUCUGAAGUGAACUCUGAGUUUCGAUAAUGAAAACAUGCCAGAUAUUUGUCAUAUUGAGGCAAUGCAGUUGAGCUGUUUCUGACCACUCUGCGCACAUACUGCCUUCCAGCAGAUGGCAGCAGUUCCUCCUUUCCAAGUCAAGGGACCCAGAAGCUGAUCACAGUCUCCUCAGCAUCAGCUUAGGCUCAAAACAUCACUGUUUCCUAAUGCCGUGUGCCACAGUUCCCCAGCCAGGGAACGUUGACUCCCGGACCUUCAAGAUCAAUUUACAGAGUUUGUAGAAAUUUAAGAAAGUAAACUCAAUUCACCAGGGUAUUAUAAAGAAUGUGGAAUACACUGGAUAGUUGUUUUGAGUUUGUCCUUUUGCCUGUUCAGUUGCAGGUCUAAUUCCACAAAUGUCUGACAGUUGCUACCUCUGGGAGUUCUCUUUUGUGCAAAUUAGAAUAAAUUUAAAUCCUGAUGUGAAAACCCAGCAUUUCCCAUUUUGGAUAAUGAAAUUGCAGAGUCACCCUUCUUGGCCAGGUCUCCAUUUUAUCCUGAGUUUACAGCCUUGUGCAGGUUAUCUUAUCCACUUCCAUGUUAUCAUAUCUUGUGUUCAGGUUCACUCCUGAGAAAGAAUAAGAACCACCUGACAGUCCACCAUUAAAAGCAUCACCAGCAAUGCUAACCUGAUUCUGAUACUUGCACAUAGGUGGGGGGGUGGGAGAUGGGGUAACAGGUUUAAUUUCUUCUUCUCCUUCAACCCGGAGUGAUGGGUUGCAUUGUUACCGUCUGUCAUCCAGCCAUAGGGCUACAGGUUGAACACAGCUCCUGGUGUGAAUAGAUUCAGGUUCCAUCGACUCUAUCCUGUUCCCACAUCUAUGUCUGAGCUCACUCUCCUGUGCCCAUCUUUUGCGAGAGAUAAGAAUGGAAAGUACUAGAAUCCCUCAGCAGGUCUGGCUGUGUCAGUGGAGACAGUUCCUGAAAUGCUAACUCAGUUCCCCUCUCCCAAGCGGCAGCCUGGCCAGCUCAGCAUUUUCCGGCAUCUUUUUAUUUUAGAUUUUCAACAUUGUCAUCUUGUGUUAGAUGUGUGUGUGUGUGUGUGUGUGUGUGAGUGAGAGAGGGCAGGGCUGUGUGUGUGUGUGUGUGUGUGUGUGUGUGUGUGAGUGAGAGAGGGCAGGGGUGUGUGUGUGAGAGAGGGCAGGGGUGUGUGUGUGAGA